GUGUUACCACUCAUUUCAUGUAUUUACAUGUAGACGGGUGGUGUACAUGGAUGGAGUAAUCGCUGGGCCAAUACCACCCCUAUCACUUCCCUUAACUCUCCAACAAUUAAUUAAUUGCGGCUCGGACUCAUAGACACAAACUCUGUCGAGGCCAGGCGGCUAUUUACUUUGUCGCAUGGUUUUGAGACCACCUAAAAUCUAAUCUAUCCAAACUUGUGUCGUCGUUUUCUCUUCGCUGUCUUGACUUCAACUUGGUAGCUUAGACGCUGGGUUUUCUUCUCACUAUGUCAUCCACCACUGAUCCCCCGCAGGCUGUCGCCCCCAAGCCGGGUCAAGGAUGGCGUUUUUGGGCCAUUUUCAUUUCCUUAACCGUCUCGUCGAUACUGUCAGCCCUAGAUGCAUCGGCUAUCUCGACCGCGAUGCCUUCUAUGGUGAAGGAUUUAGGCUCAACGUUCGCCUACAUCUGGAUCGCUAACGCCUAUUUUCUAACCAUGACCGCUUUUCAACCACUGUAUGGUCAGACUGCCAACAUAUUUGGCCGUCGCAGUCUCACCCUUCUCGCUGUUCUGUCUUUUGCUGUGGGAUCUGCGAUAUCUGGCCCUGCUCCGAAUCUUGGCGCUCUCGUAGCCGGACGUGCGAUUCAAGGUAUCGGUGGUGGUGGGAUUAAUAUCAUGAUUGAUAUCGUCAUUAGUGAUUUAUUGCCACUCAGCGAGCGACCUAAGUAUAUGAGUGUGAUAUUUAUGGCGUACGCCAUUGCCGUAGCUCUGGGACCUAUCAUCGGCGGCUCUCUUUCCGAACGUGUCACUUGGAGAUGGGUUUUCUACAUCAAUCUUCCCGUUGCUGCUAUCGCAUUUGUUAUGUUGCUAUUCUCGCUGAGGGUUCGUUACGAGAAAGAUACGACUAAGAAUUCAUUAAAGCGGGUCGACUUCAGCGGAAACUUGCUUCUAAUUGCUGCCGUCGUCGCGAUAUUACUUGCAUUAACUUGGGGUGGUGUCGAAUAUCCUUGGUCGGCCUGGCAGACGUUGGUGCCUCUAAUUCUCGGUUUCGCAGGAAUCGUCGCGUUUCUCGUAGUGGAGGGUUUAAAUCUCGUCCCGGAGCCUACGAUGCCUUUGAGAUUAUUCUCUAACAGAACCUCGCUCGCUUGCUUUGGUUUGACGUUCCUUCACUCGAUCCUCAUGUACUGGCAGAUCUACUUCCUCCCCCUGUACUUCCAGUCAGCUCUCGAAGCAUCACCCAUCACUUCUGGAGUCUAUCUCCUGCCCACGGUUAUUAUCUGCAUGACAUUCACCAUUAUUGCUGGAAUUGGAUUGGGUAAAUUCGGCCGCUACCGUCCUUGGCAUUUCAUCGGUUUCGCUUUUCUGGCAAUUGGAUUUGGGCUAUUCUCGCGGCUGGACGAAAAUUCAAGCAAAGCAUAUUGGGCCGGUACUCAGUGUAUUGGUGCCAUUGGGAUUGGAGUGCUCACAACAACAACAUUACCCGCUGUCCAAGCCCCACUACCCGAGUCGGAUGCGGCUGUUUCGGUGGGAACCUGGGCAUUCGUGAGAAGCUUCGGUGGUGUUUGGGGCGUAGCUAUUCCGGCUGCUAUCUUCAAUUCCAUGGUCAACUCGCUCGUGGGUCGGCUUGAUGAUCCUCACAUGCGGGACUUACUAUCCAACGGAGGUGCAUACAGUUUGGCAUCUGGGGAGUUUAUCUCCUCCCUCAACUAUGACCCCGCUCUUAAGGACGCCGUAAAAGGCAUAUACACCGAUAGUCUUGCACGCUGUUGGCAAGUGGGCAUCGCUUUCGCCUUGUUAGGUUUCCUUAUGUCACUUGUGGUGAAGGAAAUCCCCCUACGUACGAAUUUAGAGACUAAGUUCGGUUUGGAGGAAAGUGACAGUAAGGAUGCAGAGAAGGGGGCUGGAACAGGGACUGAAUCCCCUGGCAGCGGCGGUGAGGCUUUGAUCGAGAGAACCUCCUAAUGGGUCCGCUAGGUACCUAGUAUGUGAUCUAUUUAUAGCAAUGCUGAAGCUUUGCACUUGGGUAACGGACAU